GUUAUGAAUGGCAUGAGGUUGCGCACGCACAGCAGUACACAAAACUAACAAGACAUCAAAAACUAAACACUCAACCGUCAAAAUACUGUGUAGUCUACGCUUGUAGGCUAUUCGAGAGUCUCCCCGAAGGUUUGCAAGUUUCAGAGACCUGAAGGCAAAGCGUUCACCCAGAAUGUGAUGACGUAUGACAAUCUGCAGCCCGGAGACGGUCUUAUCUGAAGAAUUUAGUUUUUUUAAGUCACGUAGGCUAUUCUUGCGCACCUGCGUAGCCAGUGUAUGCCAGUGCAUCUGUGUUUGCUAUCGAAGGUACCAAAUGCCACCAAAAGAAGUGAGAAGAGCAGGUAUAUUAUUUGAAUCAUUAAACUGUCCACGUGAAAGUAAUUUGGAAAUGCCGGCAUUUGUCUUGGGCAGUGGUGGUUUUCACGGUGGAUUAUAAUUGACUGGUUUUCCUUCGCUUCUAAUACACACUGGUGGACGAGAGGAUUGUCGCGCUUCACACUGCAGCUUGCAGCACGCGCAGGCAGUUUUCUGUGCCACAUUCAACUCGUAGUCAUCUCUUGUGAAAGAUGUCACCCAAAUUACUGGCGUGUCUUUUACUUCUUUCAGUGUUAAAUGCAUGUUCUGAAACAACCGAAUACGACGAAGAAUACGAGGAUGUUACUGUGAACCAAAUGUUGGCCCCCAAAACUCAAGAAAACGACGCAACGCAAAUUCUGAACAACUUACUGAAGGAAUAUGACAAGAAACUACGGCCAGAUAUUGGAGUUAAACCGACCAUCAUCGACGUGGACAUUUAUGUGAACAGCAUCGGACCGGUGUCCUCCAUCAACAUGGAGUACCAAAUCGACAUCAUCUUUGCUCAGACGUGGACAGAUAGCCGUCUCAGAUACAACAGCACGAUGAAGAUAUUGACUUUGAACAGCAAUAUGGUCGGGCUCAUUUGGUUGCCGGACACCAUCUUCAGGAACUCCAAGAACGCUGACUCUCAUUGGAUAACGACACCCAAUCAGCUGCUGAGAAUAUGGAACGAUGGGAAAAUACUGUACACAUUAAGGCUCACCAUCAACGCAGAGUGCCAGCUGCAGCUGCACAACUUCCCCAUGGACGAACACUCCUGCCCGCUCAUCUUCUCCAGCUAUGGAUACCCGCGAGACGAGAUGAUUUACAAGUGGAGGAAAAACUCGGUGGAGGCGGCCGACCAGAAGUCCUGGAGGCUUUAUCAAUUUGACUUCAUGGGUCUGAGGAACACCUCUGACAUCCUGAAGACAACUGCCGGCGACUACGUGGUGAUGACCGUGUACUUCGACCUGAGCAGACGCAUGGGCUACUUCACCAUCCAGACCUACAUCCCCUGCAUCCUGACCGUGGUCCUCUCCUGGGUGUCCUUCUGGAUCAAGAAGGACGCCACCCCAGCCAGGACAGCGCUAGGCAUCACCACGGUGUUGACCAUGACCACCCUCAGCACGGUGGCGCGCACCUCCCUCCCCCGCGUCUCCUACGUCACCGCUAUGGACCUGUUUGUCACCGUCUGCUUCCUGUUUGUCUUCGCCGCGCUCAUGGAGUAUGCCACGCUCAACUACUAUUCCUACAGUGCCCGCAAGCCCGCCUACGGCAAGCCCGCCUACGGCAAACCCAAACGAUCGAACUACUCCGUCCUGGACGUGGGGCCUCCUCCCACCGUCAUAGCUCUCAACAACUCCCUGUACUGGCAGGAGUUUGAGGACGCGUGCGUGUACGAGUGUCUGGACGGCAAGGACUGCCAGAGCUUCUUCUGCUGCUACGAGGAGUGCAAGGGGGGCGCGUGGCGGAGAGGAAGAGUCCACAUAGACAUCCUAGAACUGGACGCCUACUCCCGGGUGUUCUUCCCCACCUCCUUCCUGUUGUUCAACGUGGUCUACUGGGUAGGCUACCUCUACCUUUAGCACCCUGCUGGAGAGAGAGAGAGAUGCGCUGCACGAGGCCGAGAGGGAGAGAGAGUGUGUGUGUGAGUGUGUGUGUCAAAGACUUCUUCAAGGCGGAAGAACCGGAUAUGGCCCCAAACACGGUCAGGAGAGGAGCUGCUCUCUCGACGAACGGAUGUGUCUUGAGCGGUGAGGAGUCAAAAGAGCCAAGCCCAGACACUCUUUUCACAGACACACACCCAUCUUGUGGAGGAGAAGGGUUGAAUCGUUUUGUUGGGUGGGACACAUUAUAGAUGAUGGCACCAACAAACACAAAAAAAGGGGUGUUUCGCUACCUGAACUAAAACUACAACUAGAACGGAACUACAACCCUGAACUAGGUAGCGGAGCAGAGAAGGUACAGAAUGCUGUCUCGUGGCCAUCAGUCCGGCAGCUGGGAGUUACCUCCAGACCAACCAUCCACAGUGCCUUCAUAUGAAGGGGUAGCCAUCUGUUACAGUAGGCAGGGACCCAGGGACGAGCAGGAGAAUGGGACUCGCGGACGGCUGCUGGGCUCUUGUUUCCUCACGGUCUCUAUUAGCAGUUUUUUUUCUUCUUAAUAAAGUACACAAAGCAUC